AUUCUGGAAUUAAAGUUUUAGGAACUUCUACACUUUUAACACUUAUACCUACUUCUUUUUUUUUAAAAAAAAAUAAAUUUUUCCGGGAUUUUUUUUAAUAAUUUACAUUCUUUAUUCAAAUUUACAUUCUUUAUUCAAAAUUUUGAGGUGGAGGGGAGCAACGGCGACUUAAACUUAUAUUUACAAUAUAAUAUAAAUGGCAUUCUCGUCACUUGUGCGGUUGACACUGUCAAUUGCGUUGAUAAGUUCGUUUGUCCUUGACGUUAUAUGCUUCACACCACUACCUCGGUUUGCACAAACUUCAGCCUUUAUUGGCAAUAAAAUUUAUUAUAUGGGAGGAGUUGUUCCUCUACCUGAACCUAUAAUAUCAGAUUUCUUUUACUUAGACACAUCGGUACUAAGUUCAACAGAUUCAACAACGUUACCAUGGACAGAACUUACGGGAAUAGAUAACUUGUUUACAAGUUCGGGAACGGCUGUAGCCGGAGGGGCAAAUAAAGAUUUAUUUAUUCUUUUUGGUGGAAAUAUGACUCCAGCUGAAAAUAGUAGUUUAGUGAUCGUAUAUAAUACUAAUAAUAAUACAUGGUCUAAACCUGUAAUUUCGGCACCUCAAGGUGAACCUGCAAGAAAAAGGAAAACCCAAGCUGUUGUUGAUAGUGCAGGUAAAAUGUAUAUUUUUGGUGGAUCAACCUCACCUGAGCCAGACAUUUCUCUGGUAAAUGAUAUGUUUAUAUUGGAUACUAUUAAUUGGAGCUGGAGUACUGGAACUCAAGAUGGUGCACCUGAUGCUAGAAGUGAUUUUUCUGCUACAAUCCUAAGUAAUGGAUUUAUAGUUUAUAUUGGUGGAAGUAAUAUAAACAAUCGUUAUGUUCCUAUGAGCCAGAUAAAUAUGUAUGAUACUAAUUCAGCUGCUUGGGUUGACAAGGAAGCCACGGGCGAAAUUCCUAGUCCACGUGGUGGUCAUUCCGCUGUACUAACUUCGGAUGAACGCAUUAUUAUAUACGGUGGGGCAGUUUCGAUUUCUGCGGAUGGGAAAUAUACUGCGUCAAGUCCAGAUUUGGCUAUUUUAGAUACCACUAAUAAUAAUUUCGUGUGGAGCCAGCCUAAAGCAAGCGGAACUGCACCUCCGCAGAUUGCGUAUCACUCUGCGUCAUUGGUUGGAGAUUAUAUGAUUGUUUCUUUCGGAAAUAUCACAAACAAAGGUUCAUCACCUGAUGUAUAUGCUUUAGAUACUAAAGAUAAGGGUUAUAAAUGGAUAACAUCAAUAAACACUAAUACACUUCCAGGAACAAAUUCAGGAAAAUCAUCAAAUGUAGGGUUAAUUGCAGGAUUAUCAGUUGGUGGUAUUGUUGUACUAAUACUAUUAGGAGGGGGAUUAUUUUGGUUUUACAGAAAUAAAAAAAAUUACAAAUUAUUAAAUAACACAUUUAUAUAA